AAAGUUCCAAAAGUUCCAAAAGUUCCAAAAGUCCCAAAAGUCCCAAAAGUCCCACAAUACGCCAAUUACAACCCACAGUUGAUAAUCUGAACUACCUAGUCAGAUACCUAGCCAUAAACUGAACUAGGUUCCAAGAUCCAGGGGGGGAAAAGAAGAAGAAGCAAGGCUAACAAGUACCGAGUUAGAGUACCUUGGGUUCUUCCAAACAAUUCACAAUUCACAAUUCACCCGCUCUUGACGUCCCCAUCGACAUUAUAUACGACUUCGAGAAAUGUCGCGCAGGACGGUGGACGCCGCGGCGGAGAGGACUGCCCGCAAUGCGCAGACUAUCAAGAGUCUCCUGAAAUUGGAGGGCAACAAGAGCUGCGCGGACUGCAAGAGGAAUAAACAUCCGCGAUGGGCCAGCUGGAAUCUAGGCAUCUUCGUCUGCAUCCGCUGUUCGGGCAUCCACCGAGGAAUGGGCACGCAUAUCAGCAAAGUCAAAUCCGUCGACCUCGACUCAUGGACCGAUGAGCAGCUACAGAGCGUGCUGGUAUGGGGGAACUCGCGGGCGAAUAAGUACUGGGAGGCCAAACUGGCACCAGGACACGUCCCAUCCGAGGCGAAGAUGGAGAACUUCAUCCGCACAAAGUACGAUUCGAAGAGAUGGGUUAUGGAUGGGCAGAUUCCGGACCCGGCAACCCUGGAUGCCGAGGGCGAUGAUGACAUUCCUCUGAACUUGGUGAAGGAGAAGCAGGAUCUCCAGCGCUCGACUUCGCAGCGCGCAGUGCCGGGUUCAGCUCCUGGUGGCAUCCCCGCGACUGUGCGCCGAGCUCCUCAGGCGGAUCUGCUUGCGAGUGAGGGGUCGUCGGUACAAAGGGCGACUUCAACCCCGGGUACUUCCACGAGACAAUCCAACUUCCAAGCUGCACCGGCCGGACCACCAAAGGUGUCAAAGCCUGUAGACUCCCUACUAGGAUUGGACUUCUUUGUUCAAGAGCCACAACCUCCUGUGAGCCGCUCCUCGAACGCUACACCUACUUCUGGAGCCUCGGGGCAGUCAAGGCCAGACUUGAAGCAGUCCAUUCUCUCUCUUUACGCCUCUGCUCCGAAACCACAACCACAACAGUCACACCAUGGGUCUCAGGGCUUCAUCAAUGGAAUGCAGUCUCCAUCCCAGCAACCCCAAAGCUCAUUUGGAGGCCUGGAUGAUGCAUUCGGCGGACUCGGUUUCUCCAACACCACAUCACCUCCACCUCAGCAGCAGCAACAGGUUCAAAAGCCGAAUGCAUUCGCGGGCCUAGGUAGCCUUCAAUCCCACCGAUCACCUCCCCUAUCCUCUCCACCAUCAACCAUCACCAGCGGCAGCUUCUUCGACGCAAAGCCCGCAGCGAAGCCUACACCAUACACCAACUCCCGAACGACCAGCUCCGCAAGCGACUUCGGCGCCUUCGGCGCUACGCCCGCCCUCCCAACAUCCCCACCCGUUCAAAGCUCCGGAAUGAACGACCUCUUCGACUUCUCCACCCCCGCCGUCUCAUCCCCCCCCAAACCCAUCGUCUCCCCCGCCGCUACCCACUCCUCCGUCUUCAACCUGACCGCCGCCCAGCCAGCACCAAAGGCCCAGCCCGCCCCGGCAGCCACCAGCGCAGCCUCAAGCGGAUGGACCAACUUCGACGCCAUGGGCACGAAUGAUGCUUGGAGCUCGACCAAGCCGGCGCCAGCACAGGCAGCAGCUAAUGAUUUCGGAUGGGGUUCUGGACCGCCGCUGGCGAGCCAGAGUAUUGUUCCGGGCGGCAAUGGGUUCGCUCAGGCGGGCAGCACGCCAAAGGUCAGCGCGGACGAGGAGUUCGGUGGCUGGAGCAGCGCAUUGCCCGCGGCGCCUGUCAAGAAGACAUCGCACAAUGCCCCGAAGCCAGUUGCUGGUUUCGGCGCCGCGAGCGAGGAUUUGUUCUCCAAUGUCUGGGAGUAAGGGGGUGGGUAAGACGUAUGGAUGGAUGAGGGAUGGGGUUGGUGACUUUUUAUGUUGAGCGAGUACGUAGCAUUGCCGGCGGUUCCGGAUACAAAGGGGCAUAAUAGAGCACAUAGUGAAGAAUGAACGUGACG